CGACAUUAAAAUGACCUAACGUUACAAUUAAUAUCACGUAAACCAGUGAUUAAUCUUCCUUUUUAGACUUUAAAAAAGUUUGUACGGACCGUUUAACUCCCGAUGUCAGUUUUCGGGGGUCGGUUAUUCGGUUACACCACAACAGAGGAAGUUUUGUUUUAAGGUUGAAGCAGAGAGGAAGAGGCUAGCCUGUAAAAUCUUUGGUGAAGCGAUUUUCCGCCAUAUUGGUACUCAAGUGCUUCUAGUUUUUAAAGGAAAACUAAAUCUGAUAAAGCAGAUAAUUCAUGCAACUUCAUACUGACAAAAAGAGCAAAAAGUUAAGACGGUGCGUGACAGGUCACACAGCUGUGGCGCGAACUUCUGCGGGCCAUGCCUGUGUGCUCUGCAUUCAAAUGCAAUGCUCGUACUGGAUGUAAUAAAGACAACAGCAAAGUGACAUUUCACAGGUUCCCAUUGAAGCAACCGGAGAGACUCAAAAUCUGGAUCCGUAUCACCCAGAAAGACCACUGGACCCCAACGCCAAAUUCAGUCCUGUGCUCACGCCACUUUAAAGAAGACUGUUUCGACAGGACUGGUCAGACCACACGCAUCAGGACAGACGCUGUUCCAACAAUUGUCCUUUUCCCCCGAAAGAAAUCUCAGCUGUUUGAGAUGGAGGCGUGCGAACCAACGGAAGUGCAAAAACCCCCCCGUCGGAAACGGGGGAGACCAGCCAAGGUUGGCCGCCCCAAAACAGCAGGCCCGGAAUCCAAGGCAGGCCCAGAAUCCAAGGCAGGGCCAGAAUCCAAGGCAGGGCCAGAAUCCAAGGCGGGCCCAGAAUCCAAAGCAUGCCCAGAAUCCAAGGCAGGCUCGAAAACCACCAAGGCAGGCCCACAAACCAAGGCAGCCCCAGAAACCACCAAGGCAAGCGCACAAACCAAGCAGGCCCCCAACACAGACCCUCCUUCAAGCCUGAAUAAAUCAAAAUCAACCGACGCCCCUCUUCCAGACCCCGAGCCCAGAAAAAAUGAUACCAGCAGCAGCUCCAAACCGGGGCUUCCCUCAUUCCUAAAAGGACAAUCCGUAUCGGUGCCAAAGUCCCUGAUGACCGUGACGGCGGUGGAAUACCAGCCCAACGUCCUCACCUACUUCAGCUAUGUCCCGCAGGUGCAGCCCAAAUCCCUUCUGCCCACGGACCACCAGUACGCCGUGACCGAGUCGCCGGUGAGGCUGAAGAGGAGGUGCAUCAACGUCACGGACAAGCUGGAGGCUUGCAGGAAGAAGCUGAAAACGGAGCAGCAGAAGGUGCGGAGGUGGCACCGCGACGUGGCCAAGCUGAAGACUGAGGUGAAGGAGCUGCGCAAGGAGACCGCCGCCCCACCCAGCUGCGCCGAGAUGGUGGAGCAGAACUUCAGCGGCGUGCCCAAGGAGCUGAUGAAGAGGAUGCUGGGGGAGAAGAGGGCCUCCAUGGAGUACACGGAGGAGCUGAAGGCCUUCGCCUUCAAGCUCCGGCUCCUGUCGCCCAAGGCCUACAACUACGUGCGCAGCAGCUUCAAGCAGGCCCUGCCGCACCCCACCGUGAUGAAGACGUGGCAGGCACAGGGCAAGGUGGGGUGCGGCGUGGACGGGGAUGGGGCCUUGCCCGAGGCCUCGGCCGAAGACGACGGGGAGUCCAGGAAAAAGGGCGCGGCCCCUCUGCACGCCAGGAUGGCGGUCCAGCAGUGUCAGUACGCCCGGCUCCGAGUCAAAGCGGUGGAGGGGGACCCUUUUGCGGAAUGGGUGGAGAUUCACAAAGGAAUGGUGGUAUAUAUCUGUUUUUUCAAAGGAGCCACAGAGAAGCUGAUUCCAAAAAUGGUGAGGGCCUUGCUGAACGUGAAACUUUUCGAGGUGGGCCCGGGGAAGCAGGCGUCGGUGCUGGAGCUGCCUGGGAGCGUGCUCGUUGUGCCCCAGGACACGCUGGGGGGACAGGCCAAGAGACGGAGCAUGCUCUACCCGAACAAUCUCGACAGCCCCAAGGGGCUCCAGCUCUACGCCAGCUUUGUGACUCAGCUGGAGAGCCAGCAAGCCUCCUCCAGCAAGUGCGCGGAGGCCGGGGUGGUGGUCCGGUAUGGGGUCUACGGAGAGAAACAAGCCCUGCUGAUGGAUAGCGAGGGACUCUCGACGCAUGUGAUGGAGUUUUAAGCCCUUCCCGCUGCGCUCCGUCUCUUGGCUCUUGCACCGUGCAGUGCAUUGUGUUCAGCAGGAUGAAAGACAUGCAGAAACAUUGCUAUGCUUCGCCCACCAGUUUCACUUUUGUAUACGGCGAAAACUACAUCAGAUAUUUUGUGUAAAUUGAUUUGAUUUUACCUUUCAGUUCUUAAAGAACCGAUCAUUUUUAGGCAGUCUGACAUUUCUCACAACUUUAGUAAAAUGGUUUUGAUAAACUUGUUUAGUUUUACAACUGGACAUUCCUUUCUGUCCUUGCCAUUAAAAGUUGGAACUGAAA